GUGGUUGCUAGGGCGGUUGCUAGAGACUCAGAUCCUCAGCUGAACUCUGACUUAAAAUCUCUAUCGAUGUUCUCAUAAACCCUGAUCAGAAAGAAUCAAUGUCUGAACACAUGAAGCUGCUGAGAAGACCCCUGCCUCCUAUAAAGACAGCACACUACAGCUCUGCGCAUGCGCACACGACUGCAGACCAUGAACGGAGCGAGUGUGUUUGCAGUCCGCAGAUGAAACUUGAGGAUUCUGCUUGUGUUUCCCGGGUCACAUUACCCAGAAUCCUCCGCGCUUUCCCCCAUCAGCCUCAGCUCACACCUGUGGAUCGCCGACCUCUUGACCUCUUCUGCCUCAAUGACUUCUUGCAGGUGUGCCGGUCAGGUCGCGGGUCUCGGGACGAUCUGAGGAAGACGGUUCUGUCCCGCUGUAACUAUGAGAAGCUUCUGCGUUUGUUCCUGUCGGAGCUGCACAGAGGCUGGCAGGGGGAAACAGCCAAUCAGACGCUGAGCUGUGAGAGUUUGACCCCACCCACACGCAGGAUCCCUCAGAGACAGAUCAUAUGCGAGUUAGCAGCAAUGGUUCAGUUGGAAGCACGAGCUCGAAACUCUUUCAGGAGUAAAUCUGGAGUGUGUGGAGCAUCAGUGGAUCGGCUGCGGACUGAACACACACUUCAUGAGCCGUACACAGCGCGUGUGGUCGUCCUGAACGCGGCGAUCAGCAAACACUUCCAGGGCAGCCGCCGCUCUCGCUCCCCGUUCCGCUGCGCGGGGGACUGUGAUGUCAUCAGUGUGUCUGAGCUCAGCGUCCUGGACUGCAUCACGCGCGGAGGAACCAGCCUCAGCUUCAAGGCUCACUUCAUCUGUGAUCUUCCUGACGUGACGUCACUGUCUGAGCGUCUCCAGUACCUGAACGUGUCCUUCAAUGACCUCACACACGUCCCUCAGGAGGUGUGUGAUCUUCGUCAGCUGCAGGUGUUGAAGAUGAGGAAUAACCCCAUCGAGGAGCUUCCCGCUCAAAUCAGCAAACUCCACAAACUCCAGACGCUGGUCGUCUCCUUCUGCAAGAUCACACAACUGCCCAACCAGCUGUUCUCUCUGGCCGGUCUGCGGCAUCUGGACGUGUCCUAUAACCUCCUCAGAUCCCUCAGCGGUGACAUCAGACACCUCAGGUCUCUAAGGUCUCUGAACGUUGAAGGGAAUCAGUUAGCGGCUCUUCCCGCCGGUCUGCUGUGUGUGUGUGUGUCAGAGCUCAGGCUGUCUGGGAAUUACACACACACGUUACUGUGGAGCGAGAACAGCUGCAACUCUCCACAGACGCUGCUGCACACGGCUGCACACACACUCGCACACACACACACUCUCACACACCUGCCGCCCGCCGCACAGCUCGUCCUGCGCAGAGCUGGUGUGUGUGAAGCUUGUUCAGGACCCAUGUUCGGCCCGGGUCUGAAGCUCAUCCGUCCCGUUCACGGUGUGUUUGGGCUUCAGUGUGUGCCGGUCAUGUUCCUCUGCUGUUCUCCGGCGUGUCUCCACAGAUUCAGGAAUCACAACAUCAGUGUUUGAUCAGACACGUUUAUUGCUUUACACUUCUCUAAAACACUUUCACACAAACAUCAAAUCCAUGGGAAAAAACAUGUCAAAUACUUUCAUUUUGAUUAUCUAGUGCUUUACCCUGAACAUUGUUCCACAGCAACUUUACA